UUUUUUUGUGUGUAAAACUCCAAGAGGAAAACAUAACGCCUAUGUGUUCCUACACAGCCAAAUAACCCCCCGCCCCACCCAAAAAAAAAAAAGAAAAACCCAAACGGCCCUCAGAGAGACAACAUGUCGUACGGUCAAGGAGACGGUUAUCGCCCAGCCCCUCGGGACUUCACGAGCCUCAUCCAAACAUGCAGCUCCAAUAUUCAGAAGAUCACACAAAACACUGCUCAGAUCAAAAAUAUGGUGAGCCAGUUGGGGACCAGGCAGGACAACAGUGAACUUCAGGAUCGGCUGCAGCAGAUACAACACUACACUAACCAGCUUGCAAAAGAAACCAACAAGCACCUGAAGGAGUUGGGCUCAGUUGCUCUGCCAACAUCACCCUCAGAGCAAAGGCAGCAGAAGAUUCAGAGGGAACGGCUGAUGAAUGAUUUCUCCGCUGCUCUCAACAACUUCCAAGCAGUCCAGAGGCGUGCAGCGGAGAAGGAGAAGGAGUCAGUAGCCCGGGCAAGAGCUGGAUCCCGCCUUUCAGCCGAUGACAGUGUACGAGAUGAAAAGCUUGUGUCUUUCGAAAAUCAGGAUGACUGGGGUCAAAUGACCACUCAGACAGAGGAGGCGGCCAUCACCGAGGAGGACCUGGAACUUAUUAAGGAGAGAGAAACCAACAUCAGACAGCUGGAGUCGGACAUAAUGGAUGUGAACCAGAUUUUUAAGGACCUCGCAGUGAUGAUCCAUGACCAAGGAGAGAUGAUUGAUAGUAUCGAGGCAAAUGUGGAGAAUGCUGAAGUCCAUGUAGAGCGAGGAGCAGAACAACUGCAGAGAGCCGCCUAUUACCAACAAAAGUCCCGGAAGAAGAUGUGCAUCCUGGCAUUAGUUUGCUCCAUUGCGCUGGUCAUUCUUGGCAUCAUCAUCUGGCAAGUGUCCAAGUGACUUCACUCCACGCUAAUUGCGUCAUUGUUAUUACUACGUUUUACUCAGUCCUCCUCCCACCUGAAAAUACCUGCUUGGCAGAAGAAGAGCAGAUAGAUACUGCUCACUUCAUCAGGCUCACAGGCAUAGAUUAGAGCAGAGCUGAAUUGACUACGGAUGUUUUUGUUUUUUCCUUUUUCUUUUUCUUUUUUAAAAUAGCAGCACACAUUUGAACCGCGAUUUAAGAGGAACUGUGGUGGCGUAGGGGAUUGAUGUAUUGUUUUCCUUUUCUGCACUAACACUGUCACUGUAUUUAGAAUGUGCAAUUAUUGCAAUUAGCAGACCAAACAAGGCAGGAAUAUAAAAGACGAUUGUGAUUUUUAGGGGCUGUGUGUAUUAUUAUUUUGAUCCUUUCCUAUUGUGGCACCUCAUGGAAAAAGUGUUUAUUGCACAGUUGAAGUGUUAAGUGAGCAAGCCAGUAAUAAAGACUACUGAAAGCUGGCUGGGGCCUUAGAUGAAAUUAUAACCACACAUGACUAGGAUGACUUCAAGUGGCGAUUGUAGUCUAACUGUUGUAUACAUGUCUUAACAGAAAACCAGUACAUCCAUAUUUGUAAAUAUUACACUGUUCUGCAUUAUAGCCUGCCGUAUACAGUAUAUCUUGAAAAAGCAAACCCUGCCCGAAGAAGCAUUUGAAUUGAUUUAUAUGACUCAUGUAUGUAAUAAAUGUCUUGAUUACAAUA